GAGGGUGCACAGUUCGCCCGCUCGAUACCCGAGUAACAAGGGUGGAAAAGGGGUGCAAUUUUCCGGGGGGAAAUGAAAGAGGACCUCGAGUACAACGUGCGCUUUGUCAAAUCCGUCGAAAGGCAGAGAUGCAUUUACGAUUUCACGCUCGCCGAUUAUUCGAACAAAGAGAAGCAAGAGGAGGCGUGGAUGAACAUCUCAAAGGAAAUGGGCUCACCCGUUGGUGAUUGCAAAGAGCGUUGGAGAAAUUUAAGAGGGGGCUUGACAAGGCACUUGAAACUUGAAUCUAAGAAAAAUAUCAGAAGAAGAAAACCUUACUAUUUGACCGAGUAUAUGCAGUUUAUUGUUCCGUUCACUAAGACACGCUCCCGAGCCGUUCUUCCACUAAUACAAAACAACCUGGAUCCAGACGACGUUUUUGUUAGUGACAAAGUCGAAGAAGAGGAAGAGGAGGAGGACGAAGGUUUGGAACUGAUGCAGCCCCCGGCCAUUGUACCAGCAGGGAAAAGAUCCGGUUCACCUGAUGGUGAGUCGUCUGAGUCUUUUUUCAAGUUCAAGAGGCCCAGGGAAGAUUCUGACAGCGACCCGGAUAUGAAUUUCUUCAUCAGCCUCCUCCCUGAUGUACGCUGCAUGGAUUCGUCGCAGAAGCGGCAGAUGAAAAUGGGCGUUCUCAAGCUGAUAGAUGACAUCCUUACGUAGCCUUCAGCUCCUGUCGGCGACCUAAAUGACUGGAACAUCGCUGACACCAACUCCCUUGGUUCUGAUAUUCUUUGGUGAUUUUUAAAAUUUUAAUAUGACAUUUAUUAAUCUUUUAUUAGUCUUGGUGGUGACUUUUUCCUUUUUGUAAAAGGUAAAUUCUUAUAUUUGACUCUUUUUUGUGUAUAUUCAGUAGUAUAUGUGAAUUUGGACAUUUCUGGCAUAAAUUGGAAUUUAAAAAGUGUAGCCCCCUGUCGUUCUUUGUUUUCUCAAAUAUUGUUUUAGCAAUUAAAUAUAUAUUAAAAUAAUAAAUGUCAGUGCCUAGCACUUUAAAAAGUAAGCAACAAUAAAAAAUUGAAUGAAAGCAAAAAACUUUGUUAUAAGCGCUACAGAUACCUGAAGUUCGGGUUUUUUGUCUUUUCAUUUAAAACAUUUCUACCUGAUUUUUAAAGUCAUGUAAUUAGCAGGUAUUUCAAUGUUACCACCUGGUUAGAGUAGAGAAACAUCAAAGACUUUCAUCCUGAAAUCAAUGAUGGACAAGAAAUAUAUUAUUUUGAAUUAUUUAUAAAAACCCUUGAAUUUGUUUAUAUAUUUAAAUGUGUAUUCUUCUUUUUUAAUAUUAAAAACCGGAUAUAUGUCGUUUUCAUCUAGCCGCUGGGAAUAUAACAUUUACCAAUUGUUCCAAAUUCAACAGCAAUUUAAAAUUAUUCUUCAGCUUUUUAGAAAAAUAAGUAAAGGGGUGUGGUCUUCAAUAUAUACAAGACGUUUUUGAAGGAUUUGUAAUUUUAUUGUGAUAAAAAGCAGAAGAAAAAGCCAAAUAUUCUAAUAUCCCUAUUUGUGCUAAAUCUAAGGGGAAAAGGGUGCAGGGUUUUAGGUAUGGUAUUGAUACGAAGUGAUUUUAUAAAGUAAUCUUUUAAAUUGUAAAUAAAUUGCUAUAUUUAUUGUUUUUGUGUGUUAUUUGUAAAAUGUAAAAAUAUUUUAUCUGUGUUAUUAAAAGUAUUUUCACAUAUUUGUUCAUCUUCGAACGUUUUGGAACCAAAGAGAAAGCAUUUAAUUAAAUGAAUGAAUUAAAAAGGACGAUAUUUUGUUGGACUUUAUAACACCGUCCAGUACCAAUGGAUAGUAUUGAAUUUGAUGAUACGCGUUCUACUAAAAACUGUGAUUGUUUGUGAUUUAUUAAGAGUGAAGAAGAAAAAAUAGAAUGAGAAUACGUUUCAUUUUUCAUUUAUUAUAUAAAUUAAUGAAUUAUUGAGGGAGAAUAAAAUAAAAAUGCAGCAGGAUUAAUUGGUUUAUAACUAAGCAGUAUUAAGCAUUAAAUAAAAGCUCAGUUUUGAUAGAAAGUUAUUUAUAAGCUAAUUUACUUUGCUAAUUAGACAUUUAGCAUGAUUGAUGAUUUUUCAAAAACAACAUUCUUACUUAAAACAAAUUUAUUUUAUUUAGAUCCUGCGCAUAAUUUUACAGAAAUUCUGAUUUAAUUAAUGUACAUAUAUUUUAUCAUUUAUCUUUCAAAAUGUAAGUUGUAAAUAUUGUAAAGAAGUUGUUUAGGUUCUGUGUCAGCAUUUAAAGAAUACUUUUCAUUUAGUAUUACCAGAAAUUGAUGUUUUUCCUAAUCACUUUUUACCAGAUACUAUAGAGUAAGUUUAAACGCUGGAAUAGCCAACAAGUCAAAGCUAAAUGUAAUAAAAACAAUGUAGUUAAAUAAUAAUUAUAAUGUUAAAAGCAUAAUUUUAUUUUAUUUUACAUUUUUAAAGUUAGACUAUUCUAGUAUUUGGGAUUUACACAUUGUGGCCUAUAAUAUUUUAUUUACUUAUUAUUUUGUGCAGAACUUAAAUAAUUUACA